AUGAAGUUCAUUAAAAUUUCUCCCUUUGCCAUUACCUCCAGUGCUAUUGCAUUGUUGAUGGCCACAUCCUGCAGCGCUGAAGUAUGCGAGACCAUCAGUCCUACGGAUAACUCCGGAGGCAGUAAUGGUGUUAACGUAGUUACACCCCCAGCUGGAACCACAGAAGUUGAAUGUGAAGUUACAUGUGACUCUGUAACCAGCCUCAGAGUUGUUAUGCAGCAAAAUGGACUUGUUUUGGAUCAAACAACCACUUGUGGAACCACCAUUUCCCACACAACAUCUGAGAGUGUAGACAUAGGAAUAGAGCAUGAAGACAACAUUAACCUGGUCAUCACCUGUAGAUGCAAUGAUCUCAGCACCCCUGCUCCUUAUGCUUAUUAUCCCUAUCCCACUCCCCCUCCUCCUCCCUUUUGCUUUUCUGAGGAAGCCACUGUGGAACAACCGGGCCAAGCACCCACCAAGAUGACGGAACUCAACAUCGGAGACAAGAUCUUGACUGCCAACAACAAAUACCAACCAAUCUACGCCUUUGCCCACAAUGAUGCCACCACUUACACGGAAUUCCUCCAAAUCCACACGACAAGUGGCAUCAACCCAUUGGAAAUCACUGGUCAACAUUUGGUCUAUGUGCAGGGAAAGGAUGCCCCGGUCACGGCCAAAUCCAUCAAGGUUGGUGAUACUCUUACUGAAGCUGGACAAGGAGGAGCUGCUGUUGUUACCAAGAUUGAUACUGUCCAGCGCCAUGGAAUCUAUGCUCCCUUGACUCCGGAUGGCACACUUGUGGUGGAUGGCAUUGUAUCCUCUUGCUACGUUUCCCUCCAACCCAAUGGUGAUCCCCAAACCAUGGAACUAAAAGGCUGCUCUGCAUUGUCCGUUUUCUCUCACCACCGAGUUGCCCACAUGCUCUUGACUGUGCCUCGUUUGGUAUGUAUGGGUGGUAUCAGCCCAAAAUGGUGCCAGACGUACAAUGAAGAUGGUGUGGCUCUUUUUGUGCAGACGGCAUUUGAUUUGUCCGACUGGUUCCAUGCCCAGCAUUGGAUGGUCCAGUAUUUCCUUUUGGCUGUCUACUUGGUUGUCUUGUGUCCCCUCUAUGCAUUGGAGCUCCUGCUCGGUGCCAAGCUGGCUGCUGCCAUGAUUCUUGGUGGAUUGGUCUUUGUGGGUUUUGUCCGCGGAAAUAAUGUUCCUGCUGUGGAACCAAUCGAUGUCAACAAAGAAGCUUGA